AUGCGGCGACCUAACGACGCCGGCAGCGGCGGCGACCCGGGUGACCGGAUGCGCGACGACGAUCCCGCCGAGUCCUCCCGCGCCUUCGACGACGGCGGCGACGACGACCCUCAGCAGCCCACGCCGACGCGGGCCUCCUCCGGCGACUCGCUGUGGCAGUGGCGGAGCCAGGGCCUCUCCGAGGUGGUUCUCUCGUGGUCGGUGGACCAAAUCCUCAACAAGGACCUACUCCGCGACAAGGUGUCCAAGAUCCCAGAGACAUUUAACAGCAUGGAGCAGUACAUGACAUCGUUUUUCGGGCCACUUUUAGAGGAGGUCCGGGAUGAUAUGUCUUCAAGCAUGGAGGACAUCUCUGGAGCUCCAUAUGCAAAACUGCUAUCAGUCAAUGCAGUGAAAAAGGGGAAAGGACUGUAUGAGAUCAAGCUCGACAGAUGGAUGGGGGUGUCUGGUUCUGGGACUGAUGGAUAUAGGCCGAAAGCAGCAGAUGUGCUACUUAUUUCAGAAACAAGACCAGCAAAUAAAUCCGAUAUUCUCAAACAGUCCAAAUCCUGUGUCAUCGUAUGGAUUAAUAAGGUCCAGGGCAAUAAGAUCACCGUCAAGGCAUCACGAUGGAUGGAGACUGGGGCUGAUGGAGAUGAACGGCAGCAAAUGGGUGUUAACAAGUAUGAGAAGUUGUACACCGAAGAGUUGGAUAAGUCAUGGGAGAUACUGGAUCAAGAAGCAACGGCUCUGAAAUCCAAAAACUCAUCUAUCAAUGAAGAAAUCAGAAAAGAACCACCAAAAGGUAGAAAGCCCCUUGAAAAGUGUAGUGAUCUGAAGGAACUAAAUGAAACAGGGAUGUGUGGAAAUUCGUCAAGACGAUGGUCCUUCUAUGCUAUGCAUCUAACUAAUAUGGUAACAUAUGAUCGUGUUUGGGUUGUGCUCCGAAGGGGUCUGACAAUGGAUACAAAAGUCAUUCUGAACAUGCUGGGCAAAAACAAUAAUGCUAUUAGACAUUGUAACUACUGCAGCAAUAAAUCACAUGAGGAAAUUAAGGAUGAUCUCUGCAAUUUUAAGCUGAAUGUCUCACAGCUUGAUGCAAUAGCAAGUUGUAUUUCAGCAAGUAAUUGUUGUCAUAGAUCUUCUGUGGGGCUAGUUUGGGGCCCGCCUGGCACAGGUAAAACUACAACACUUGCAGUAACGUUACACAUGCUUCUGAUGAAGAAACAGAGAAUUCUUGCAUGUGCUCCAACCAACAUGGCUGUCUUGCAAAUAGCUUCUCGUCUUAUUGGGUUGAUUGAGGACUUCUCUCUAAGCCAUCAUUACUCCUUUGGUGACAUCAUUUUAUAUGGCAACAAGGACCGUCUGCACAUUGGCAAUGAGUUGUCAAAAAUAUAUUUGGAUGAUCGUGUCAGGAAGUUGCUGAGGUGCUUUAACCGAGAAGUUGGGUGGAAGCAUUGCGUGGAUUCUGUCCUAAAAUUCCUAAAACAUUGCACUUCUAGGUACAAACUGUCCCUAGAUAUACAAGCAAGCAGCGACGAAUGCAGCCCUACUUUUAAGAAGUAUUUUACAAGUAACUUCAGCAGUUUAGCAAAAGAAUUGGUAGCUUGUAUUGAUACAUUCUUCGACCAUCUUCCAGCGAAUACCCUAGGCAAGAACUUUGACAAGAUGAUGUUUGUGAAAAGUUUGGUCAAUAAAGUGCAGCAGUUAUUCUGUGCAGAUGAUCUCUCUGAUGAUUAUCUUUUUACAAUCUUCAAGCCCUCCGAUGAACUUUCUGACCCUUCUAUUGGUCAUCAUGACCUGACAGAUGAUGCAACCGAGGAUCUUCCUGACCAUGACAUCUCUCUAGAUAACCCUUCGGAGAUAAACUCUAUAUGUAUUAAAACCCUGAUGGAUCUUUCAAAAAUGCGGUUUCCUUGUGAAGAGAAUGAAUCUUCGAUCAGGGACUUGUGUUUGAAGCAAGCAAAACUCAUAUUUUGCACUGCUUCUGGUUCGUUUGAGUUGUUCAGGCUGCAAGGUGUGAUGCCUAUAAGCAUCUUGGUUAUUGACGAGGCAGCACAGCUAAAAGAAUCUGAAUCGCUGGUUCCUCUCUUGCUUCCAGGAAUAGAACAUGUUUUACUAAUUGGGGAUGAAAACCAGCUAUCAUCAUUGGUAAAGAGCAAGAUUGCUAAAGAUGCCGACUUUGGACGAAGCCUCUACGAGAGAUUGUGUACAAUGGGUUACACCAAGCACUUGCUGGAAGUACAAUAUAGAAUGCACCCUUGCAUUAAUAAAUUUCCGAAUGCCAACUUUUAUGGUAACCGAAUUUUGGAUGGUCCCAGUGUCAAACAGAAAGAUUAUACCAAGAAUUAUCUCUCUGGAAGUAUUUAUGGUGCUUAUUCAUUCAUUCACAUUGAAAAUGAUAUGGAAAUGCUUGAUGACCUUGGCCAGAGUUCAAAAAAUAUGAUUGAGGUUGCUGUAGCAGCCAAUAUCAUUGAAAGACUUGCGAAAGAAUGCUGGGAGAAGAGGCAGAGAACCAGUGUUGGUGUAAUAUCUCCGUAUACUGCCCAAGUGAUGGCAAUGCAAGAAAUAAUUGGAAGAAAGUUUGAGAAACAUGAGUUUCUGUCUGUUACAGUAAAAUCUAUCGAUGGAUUUCAAGGUGGUGAGGAAGACAUAAUAUUAAUUUCAACAGUUAGGUCCAACAAAGAUGGGAAAGUAGGUUUUCUCUCUGAUGCUGGAAGAAUUAAUGUGGCUUUGACAAGAGCAAAGCACUGCCUUUGGAUCCUUGGAAAUGGAGCCACUUUGCUUGCAAGCAAUUCAGUAUGGGCAGAAUUAGUCAAUGAUUCGAAAAAACGUGGAUGUUUCUUUGAUGCUCUCAAGGACAAGCAUUUAGCAGAAACAAUGAGGCUUGCAAUCAAGUGUUCAGUCACAUUGUGUUAUUCAGCAGAAAGAAAUGGCCGCACAAUUGAUGCAGCUGGAGUGUCAUCAUGGUUAUUAAGGGCAAGGAUAAGACAGAGUCAGCUUCCAGGUUCUGGUGGUGCACGGAGCAUAAAUAAUUGGCAACCAAACGGCCAUGAUUUGCGACCAAAUUCUUGUCACCCAAACAGACCUAUUUUUGUACCUUCUAGAGAGGACAUUCACAGAACACACUUUCAGCAGCACAGAAGAACCUUUUAUGGUGGUGACUACAAUAAUCAAUCACGAGGUAUCCCUGUUGAUCAAUACUGGCCCAACAGGUACAGACCUUCCUGUGACAAACAUGGUGCUCCUGAAGGGUUUAGAGGACAUGUUGAGCGGCAUCCCGAGCAGCACUAUCAUAGCAGAACUGAUCAAGAACCCUUGUGCAGUACUUCUCGAACAGCCAAUGGCAGGUUUACUCCUGGAUCAGUUCGGAGGACAGAAUCACACAACCAAACUAGUAUUCUUGGUGCAUGGCAGCAACAUUCAGGAGAUCACUGCAACAGGGACUUUCAGAACAGGACUGGUUAUCCGUUAUGGCCAGCUUCUUCGCAAAGAAGGUUCAGUUCAUAUGGAAAUGCUGAUCCUCACCUUUGGAGUAUGAACAAAGAGAAGCGGCUAGGUAAUCAUCCACGAAGAGCACCAUACACAUACAGGGGGCAAGCACCCCACCAGGGAGUUGGUGGCCGAGGUAGAGACGUGCCUUCAUUUCAUGAGAGAGCAACUAGGGGUGUCCGGCAUGAGCAUGCCAAUAACAAUCGGAUGAAAGAACCUCAUUGUUGGGGGCAGAAUAGCAGUUCUGAAGCUGUGUCCCAUGAUUUGCCAGUUGCUGAGCAACGAGGGGUGAAAAGAGACUGGCGCAAGGCAGAAGCGUCAGAUUCACCUCACCAAGACAACUUAAAAAUAAGACUUGCUGUCGAGAGUGCAGAUGAACCUCACUGUGAAGCGCAGGAUGGCAGCUCUGGAGCUGCAUCCCACAGACUUGCAGUUCCUGAGCAGCCUGAACGAGAGGGAUGUAAACCAGAAUCAUCAUAUUCACCCCGGCAGGACAACACACUAGUGAGGCCCGAAAGUUCAGAUCAACCGCAUGGUAAACUGCAGGAUACCAGUGCCGGAGCCGCUCCCUAUGAAUUGCCUGCUCCUGAUCAGCCUGAGAUGAAACGAGAGGAGUGUGAAGCAGAACCGCCAGUUUCAUCCCGCCAGGACAACACAGAAGCAAGCCCCGAAAGUUUAGAUGAACCGCACUGUCAGUCAGAGGACACCUGUUCUGGAGCCGCUAGCCCCCAACUGCCUGUUCCUGAGCUGGGACGCAUGGAUAUAGACUCAUGCGAAGCAGAAGCAACCAUUAUACCUGACAUUAACAUACCACUUGAACUGCCUGCUCCUGAUCAGCCUGAGAUGAAACAAGAUGAGUGUGAAGCAGAAUUGCCGGUUUCAUCCCGGCAGGACAACACAGAAGCAAGCCCAGAGAGUUUAGAUGAACCGCAUUGUCAGUCAGAGGAAGCCGCUACCCUCCAACCGCCUGUGCCUGAGCUGGGACGCAUGGACAUAGACUCGUGCGAAGCAGAAGCAACCGUUAUACCUGACAUUAACAUAUCACUGGAGAGCGUAGAAGCAGAUAGCUAG